GCGCAAAUAGCGGAACGAAGGGACAGCACAAACGUAUCCUGCUCAUUGGUCAUGUUUGGUUGAAACACAAACGUAGAACUGACAGAACAGUAGUGCAGGAAAGGCAGGUGAUAAGAUUAAGGUUAAGAAGUUGUUGAACCAGAGGUCUGAUAUAACAUGUUGUAUACGAUACUGUUCGACAAAGAAGUAUUAUUUAAAAUUGUUGAAUGUGCUGAAAAGUAAACUUGCUUAUUGACUUAACAUAGUAACCAUCAUUUUUUUGUUUAUUUUGUCGAUUAGUUUAAUUUGUCGUUUUGACUUCAGAAACUGAAUAUCGUUUAGCUCCUUAGUUAGACAUUGUUACCUACAAAUGGACGUCGGCACGGUCGUAGGUUGCUCUCUCGGUGCUGUUUUUGGAGUGGUUCUGUUUGCUGCUUAUAAACUUGGCUUGCUCUACCGGUUGUUCCACAAGGCAGAGACGAAGAGCUCUCGGCAUGGAGGCGAGAGUGUGGCAGAGGUUCUGCGUGCUCAUGGCAUCAAGUUUGUUUUCACGCUAGUUGGUGGACACAUCUCGCCCAUUCUGGUUGCAUGUGAGAAACUGGGUAUUCGUAUUGUGGACACUCGCCAUGAAGCCACAGCUGUGUUUGCUGCUGACGCUGUUGCAAGACUCUCCGGAACAGUAGGUGUGGCUGCAGUAACAGCAGGACCAGGCCUCACUAAUACAGUUACUGCAGUGAAGAAUGCCCAGAUGGCUGAAUCACCUUUGCUUUUGAUUGGUGGAGCAGCUGCCACUUUACUCCAGGGUCGGGGUGCUCUGCAGGAUAUUGACCAGUUGUCUCUUUUCAAGCCACUCUGUAAAUUCUGUGCAUCUGUGAGGAGUGUGAGGGAGAUUGUUCCUACUUUAAGAAAAGCUUUGGCCAUUGCCCAGUCUGGCACCCCAGGCCCUGUAUUUAUUGAGUUUCCUAUAGACACUCUCUUUCCUUAUCAUGUGGUGGAGAAAGAGUUUUCUCCUAAAGGCACUCCAAAAGGAAUAAUGGGAAAAAUUACUGCAUGGUAUCUUCACAACCAUCUAACAAACCUGUUUGCUGGAGCGUGGGAAGUGAGGGACAUUUCCCCUUUGCCUGUUCAUGUACCUCAAGCCACAGACCAAGAGGUUCAAAGGUGUGUGGAGCUGGUGAGCAGGGCUAAGAAGCCACUGAUCCUGUUAGGUAGCCAGGUGACAUUACCUCCAACAUCUGCUGAUGACAUCAGGAAAGCCCUGGAGUCUCUAAGCAUUCCUUGCUUUCUGGGUGGGAUGUCUCGAGGGAUGCUUGGUAAGGACAGUCCUCUGCAUAUCAGACAGAACAGAAGAGAUGCCCUCAAAGAGGCUGAUUUGGUGCUGCUAGCAGGCACAGUGUGUGACUUCAGAUUGAGUUACGGCAGGGUGCUAAACAGGCGCAGUAUAAUUAUUGCAGUCAACCGGGACAAGACUCAGCUACUGAAAAACUCUGACAUCUUCUGGAAACCCACAGUGUCUAUUCAGGGUGACGUUGGUUCCUUCUUGGGCCGUCUGUCAAGGGGCUUGGCAGGACAUAGGUUUUCUGAGGAUUGGCCUCAGAAUCUGAAAGAUGGUGACAAGGUCAAAGAGAAGGCUAACAGAGCUAAGGCAGAAGAAAAGACUGAGAGGCACCUGAACCCUUUGAAAGUCCUGCACCGUGUAGAUGAGCUAAUGUCAGAGGACAGCAUCAUUGUUGCAGAUGGAGGAGACUUUGUAGGCAGUGCUGCCUACAUCUUGAAACCACGAGGGCCACUCCGCUGGCUGGACCCAGGUCAGAAAAGGGGGGCUUUUGGAACUCUAGGCGUUGGAGGAGGGUUUGCCCUCGGAGCAAAGCUUUGUCGUCCUGAUUCAGAGGUAUGGAUUGUUUAUGGUGAUGGUUCCUUAGGUUACACCGUGGCAGAAUUUGAUACUUUCACCAGACACAAGACACCUGUAAUUGCACUAGUUGGAAAUGAUGCUUGUUGGAGUCAGAUCUCCAGGGAACAAGUCCCCCUUCUGGGCAGCAAUGUAGCCUGUGGUCUUGCCUUUACAGAUUACCACAUUGUUGCUGAUGGCUUUGGUGGCAAAGGUCACCUCAUUGGGCGUGAGGAUGAGUCGCAGUUUGAUAAAAUUGUAAAACAGGCACAGAGGGAAUGUAGAGGGGGCAAGGCAGUGCUGCUUAAUGUUCUCAUAGGGAAAACCAACUUCAGGGAUGGUUCAAUAUCUGUGUAGAGAGUGCAGUGCUCUUCCUAGAAUCCCCAAAGCCUUAAAGUGUUAAAGGCAUGAAUAGACAGGGAAGAUGAUGGAGGUUGCAAAGUCUGCUCAGUUCUCAGCGCAAAUCAAAACCAAGGUCCUAAAAAUAAUACUUUUUCUUGCCUUUUUUUCUAUUUUUUUAUUAUUGUUUUGGAGCUUUUGUGAAGGAAAAAGUACUUGAAUGGUUACUUUUUACCUUUAUGUUUAAAUGACCUGAAAGUGGUAAAAGUUGCCUGCUGUAUCCUGAUGACUAAUGACUACAAGAGUACACUUUUCAGCACUUCAUUGUGAAGGGAUCUGUAAUAAAUUAUUAAACCAGCAUAAUCAAAAUAUUAAACCUGUAGCUAUGAUUGGUCACAUUUUUAAAAAUAUGUUGACAAGGAGUGGAACUGAAUUCUGUAUCUAAAAUAGGGAGCUCCUAAUUGCUAAAUGAAAAAACUCAUCUUGUUUAGAAAACAGUACAUUACUAAAGUUUUGUUGAAGUUGGAUAUCUGAAGAUUGCACUACUCACUAAUUAAAUCUUUCCUGUUGCAA